AUGGAUACAGAUGAAAUUCGUCGAUCAAAUGAAUUACAAUUGCUGUUAAAUGAACAAUUACGUAAAUUGAAGGCAUCGGAAGAAGAUGAUAAUCAAUGUAUUCUUCAUGCAGUGGAAGAAUUGAAUAAAGCGUUCGAAAAUGACUCAGCAGCCAUUGUUAAACAUAUUCAAUUACUUAAUUGGCCACUAACAUAUAAACGUUUGUUACUUCAAGAAAGUAAAACCGAUAUAUCAACGGAUAAAGCGGCAAAAUUCUUUUUAAAUCCUAAGACCAAUGUCUCAAGCACAUUUGCAAAGCGUACAAAAACAAUUCGUUCUAAACUAAGAGUUUGGUUUUCAUUAUGGCAUUCAACCAGUGUCAAUAUUGAACGUCAGUAUGGCUCCGGUGUUUCAUCGAUAUUUAAUAUAAAUCGUCAUUUUUUUAUUUACAAUAUAUUCAUGUUUAUACUUUGGUUUUGUUUAAUAACUUUACCAUUUCUUAUUUUGGGUUCCUAUAGUCCACCAAAGCGUUUUACGUUUGAUACGAUAUUUAAUACACGUGGUUAUCUGGAAAAUUCUCUAUUAUUUUACGGAGUAUACCCAAAUCAAAGUCUCCCAAUCAGAAAUGAAAGUAAUAAUCAACAUUAUCAUGUUAAUUAUCCUAUACCAUUAAUCUAUUUGUUAUGUGGUUAUUUUUAUUUUAUAUUUUGGUUUAUAUUUAUUGGUAUACGAUUUUCAUAUGUCUAUAAAAAUAAUGUUUUAGAUUCAAUUUUACGUUCAAAACGUGGUAACGGUUUUUUAUCUACAUUUGCUCGAUGGGAUUAUACAAUACAUGAAGAUGAACAUAAAAAGGAACAAAUUCAAAUAUGUUAUAAUCAAUUACGAGAAAUAAUUAAUCAUGAAAAUAAUAAACGUCUGAACAGAAAGAAAAAACAUGAUUAUUAUAAAAGUUAUUAUUAUAUCUUUAAAAUUGUUAUUAUAAAUCUGUUGUAUGUUGGAUUAGCCGUCGGUCUUGGUAUAGCGAAUUAUUUUCUCUUGUCAUCAAAAUCAUCAGCAAUGACUAGUGAACAUUAUCAAACGUUAAUCUUUAUGUCAUUUAUUAAUCGUUUUGGACCAUAUUUAUUAACAAUAUUAGCUCAAUUUGAAAAAUAUAAAUAUCCAUCUUAUCGAUUAUAUACCAUUGGAUGUCGAAAUUUAUUUCUUAAUGCUUCUUUAAUAGUAUCAUUAAUUGUUUAUUUUUAUCAACAACGUUCAGAAUUAGAAAAAUUAAACAAUUGCUGGGAAAAUGGAUUUGGACAGAUAUUUUAUAUUUUAUCGCUCAUAGACAUUUUUUUUUCAAUUGUAUCCGUCCUCUUCUUUGGUUCAUUAAUGGAUCUAAUUGUUCAAUUAUUUUUAACAGAUAGUAUCGUUAAGAAGAGUACAACAGCUAAUAGUAGUAUGGAUAAAAAGAACAAAAAAGUCCUUUAUAAAUAUAGUCGUAUGUUUGAUGGUAUCAAUAUUCAUGUUCAAAUAACUCCAACACAAUUGUUAUAUUCACAAUUAUUAAUUUGGAUUGGAACAUAUUUUUCUCCAUUACUCGUUUUACUCCAAUUACUUAAUAUUUUAUUCUCAUUUUGGACUUAUCGUUUCUACAUCUUUCUACGUGAUAUUAGCUGCAAUCAACGACGAAAAAUUGCCACUAUUAAACGUGUUUAUAUUUGGAAUGCUUAUCGUUUAAAUAAUAUGUUCUAUCUUUUAUCAUUUUUUUGUCUGACUUUAGCUAUAACAUGUUUUGUAAUAUUUAGUACACAACUCGAAACAUCUUCUAAUUGUGGACCAUUUGCGCAUUAUAAUCGAACAUAUGAAGUGAUCGAAGAACUAAUACCGAAACAAAAAUCCGUUGUUGUUGUAUCAAUAAUUAAUUUUCUAUCAUCACCAGGUCUCACGUAUUUUGGACUAAUUAUAUUUAUUAUAGUCGCUUAUAAAUUUAAACACGAAGCAUCAGCCGAAAAAGAAUUGGUUUUUAUUAGAGAAUCAAACUUAGAAAGUAAAAAACUUUAUCGACAAAAACUUGUGGAACGAUUACAUAAUCAAACUACACAACAACGACAACCAUUAGAAAUAGUUUUAACGCAUAAAAUUGAAAAAUCAACACUUUAA